GUGGGAGGGCCCAGGCCUGGGCCAGCCUCUGAGGGGCUGGAUUCUGGCUACAGACUCUGUACUCAUCAGUACAACCAUUCCCACCUCCAGAGUCCAAGGGCGCAUGUAGCAAGCAGGUUGACCGGUCCUAGGUACUACUGAGGCAUAUCUGGUGGGUGGGGGGCAUGGGCUUCGAAGAGCUGCUGCACAAGGUGGGUGGCUUUGGGCCUUUCCAACUGCGGAAUCUGGUGCUGCUGGCCCUGCCCCGAUUCCUGCUCCCGAUGCAUUUCCUCCUGCCCAUCUUCAUGGCUGCUGUGCCUGCCCACCAUUGUGCCCUGCCUGAUGCCCCAGCCAACCUCAGUCACCAGGACUUGUGGCUGAAAAUCCAUCUACCCCGGGAGACUGACGGCAGCUUUAGUUCCUGCCUCCGCUUUGCCUAUCCCCAGGCUCUCCCCAAUGUCACCUUGGGGACAGAGGUGGACAGCUCUGGGGAGCCUGAGGGUGAGCCCCUCACAGUGCCCUGCUCCCAGGGCUGGGAGUACGACCGCUCAGAAUUCUCUUCCACCAUUGCAACUGAGUGGGAUCUGGUGUGUCAGCAGAGAGGCCUGAACAAAGUUACAUCCACGUGCUUCUUCAUCGGCAUGCUGCUGGGGGCUGUGGUGUACGGAUACUUGUCUGACAGGUUUGGCCGGCGCCGGCUUCUGCUGGUGGCCUACGUGAGCACCCUGGCGCUGGGCCUGAUGUCUGCAGCCUCAGUCAACUACAUCAUGUUUGUCACCACCCGCAUGCUCACCGGCUCAGCCCUGGCUGGUUUUACCAUCAUUGUACUUCCGUUGGAGUUAGAGUGGCUGGAUGUGGAGCACCGCACUGUGGCUGGGGUCAUCAGCACCACCUUCUGGACAGGAGGGGUGCUGCUGCUGACCCUGGUUGGGUACCUGAUACGGAGCUGGCGGUGGCUUUUGCUAGCUGCCACUCUGCCAUGUGUCCCGGGCAUCAUUAGCAUCUGGUGGGUACCUGAGUCUGCACGAUGGCUUCUAACCCAGGGUCGUGUGGAGGAGGCAAAAAAGUACCUGUCCAUCUGUGCCAAGCUCAAUGGGCGGCCCAUGAGUGAGGACAGCCUGAGCCAGGAGGUCCUGAACAAAGUGGUCACCAUGGAAAGGGUGUCGCAAAGACCCUCGUACUUAGACCUGUUCCGGACAACGCAGCUCCGACAAGUCUCACUGUGCUGCAUGGUGAUGUGGUUUGGAGUGAACUUUUCCUACUACGGCCUGACUCUGGACGCGUCCGGGCUGGGGCUGAACGUGUACCAGACGCAGCUGCUGUUCGGGGCUGUGGAGGUGCCUUCCAAAAUUACGGUCUUCUUCCUUGUGCGUCGCGUGGGACGCCGCCUCACAGAGGCUGGGAUGCUGCUGGCCACUGCUCUGACCUUCGGUAUCAGCCUGCUGGUGUCCUCCGGCAUGUGCCACCACUGCCCGGCUAGCACAGGGAAUUUUAUCUUCUGUACUGGGAAGCCAGUAUUAGAGGUUGCCCGCACAAGAGGGGAGCCUUGUAAUGUAUGGCUCCUUCAACCUUUCCUCAACAGACAGAGAGGAAUGGGAUUCACUGCACUCAUAGGCCGGCUAGGGGCCUCUCUGGCCCCACUGGUGGUCUUGCUGGAUGGAGUGUGGCUGUUACUGCCCAAACUUGCUUAUGGGGGGAUUUCUUUCCUGGCUGCCUGCAUUGUACUCCUGCUGCCUGAGACGAAGAAAGAACAGCUGCCAGAGACCAUCCAGGAUGUGGAAAGAAAGGGGUAUAUGUGUGGGAGGAAGAAGAUAGACAGGUCCGGGAUUGCAUUAACCUAGGGACAGCUCACCAAGUAAGUAGCUGGAAACAAGGCAGGCUCUUGUGACUGGGACAUCAAAUUCCUCUGCCUAAGGAUGGAGCUGCUACUGGUGCCAUCUGCCUAUGCUUAUCCAGUCUCCAACAACAGGACAACUCCUGCAGCACUGGGCUGUUGGGGAUCCUGGGCACCGCUCUCAUGGCGGUGGGGGGCGUGCGGGGGACUUCUGUAAAUAAAGAUAGAUGCUCAUGGGUUGGGGCAGCUGUGA